UCGCCCCGCGCCCCCAUGGCUCCGCUGGCCGAGGUGGGCGGCUUCCUGGGCGGCCUGGACGGCCUGGGGCAGCCGGUGGGUGCCCACUUCUUGCUGCCGCCCGCCGGGGAGCGCCCGGCGCUGCUCGGGGACCGGCGCGCCCCGGCGGAGCGGGCGGCCCGCGGCGGCGCGGCAGCGGCGGCAGCGGCGGCGGCGGCGGACCUGGCGCACUUGCAGGGCAUCCUGCGGCGGCGGCAGCUGUACUGCCGCACCGGCUUCCACCUGCAGAUCCUGCCCGACGGCAGCGUGCGCGGCACCCGCCAGGACCACAGUCUCUUCGGUAUCCUUGAAUUCAUCAGUGUGGCAGUGGGACUGGUCAGUAUUAGAGGCGUGGACAGUGGCCUUUACCUUGGAAUGAAUGAGAAAGGAGAACUCUAUGGCUCUGAGAAACUAACUUCUGAAUGCAUCUUCAGGGAACAGUUUGAGGAAAACUGGUACAACACUUACUCAUCCAAUGUGUACAAACAUGAAGAUUCAGGGCGGCGAUACUUUGUAGCACUUAACAAAGAUGGUACUCCCAGAGAUGGGACAAGGUCCAAAAGACACCAGAAAUUCACACAUUUCUUGCCCCGGCCUGUGGAUCCUGAGAGAGUUCCAGAACUGUAUAAAGAUGUGUUAGGAUACAGCUGAAGAAGGAAGCAGCUUUGGAAAAGACCCAAACUGGAGCUGCUGCCCCUGCUUUCCUGGCAAUGCGAGCAUGAGGAACCUGCAGAGGUCUAGGAUGUUGGAUGCAAAGAAGCUACUUUGUGAAGGCAAACCUCUGUUUUCUAACCUUUGGAUUUAGGAGACAAAACCUUAAAGCUGAGAGUGGACCAACCUCCUUGAAACUUGUGAUUUGUUUGGUAGCCAGUAACCAGAGGGAAGUGUGACUUUUUUAAAAAUAACAAACUCUUGGAAAUUUUGUCUGGAUUAUCUGUGGUCUGUAGAUUAGCAAAGAACUGCCUACAUCCUAUGAAUGACACAACGGCAGGAAGAAACAGAAAGAAAUGUACUGUAAAAUAGUAAUAAAUCCUGAGAACUGCAUAUGAAGUUUUACUGGCUCCGCUUUAGUGAUGGACGUUAGAUGUCAAUACAUCGUAUUUAGAGCUGGAACUUUUCUCCAGGAUGGACCUAUUUAUACAUUUCCAGAUAGCAUAUAUUUAUUUUAUAUAUUUAUUUAUUAAAGAGUUUAUUUUUUACUGGGAUAUGAAGAGAAUACAACCCCUAACCCCAACGAGAAAUCAUUUACAGUGCCAAUAUUUACUCUGAAUAGAGUCAUGAUACAGAAGUGACAUUACACAGAAAAGCAUUCAAAAUCUGAACAUUCAUAUUUCAUUGCUUAUCAGUUACAGAUAAGUUUAUAUUUUAUGCACAUACCA